AUGGAGCAACCGGAGGUGAACCAGAUCACUAGAAAAUCUGCUACUCGUUUUAUCGAUUGCAGCAACGUCGAAAGGAGCAUCUUCUUGACGAGGAGAAAGAGCAGAACCUUCACGUUCUUGUUGACGAGGAGAAUGAGCAGAAGUCUAGACAUUGUUGUUUGA